AGGAAGCCUCUAAAAGAUGGCCAAAUUCUCCAUUUGUGUGCGUUGUGGAGCAAUGGCGGCAGAGCGGGCGGUUGACGAUAGUAAGGCUGGCCAGGCGAUGCGGAGGCUGGAGUCGCUGAUGGAGGGCAUCUCUGCGCAGAACCAGAGAUGCAUUGGAGUGGGGCAACGAGUAGGUUGGGUGCAGCUGUGGUGGGCGAAGCGUGCUGGAAGCACUGCGAUGGCAGGGCUGGGUUGCAGUGGAAGGAGAUAGCUGGGGAUGGCUUCAGGUAUUGUGGCGUGGCAGGGCUGGGCGCUAUGCACGAUUCAGAUAUGGCGCUAGAUAACGGAGAAAGGUCGCAGAGAUGCGUUGGCGGGGUCGACGCGAUGCAGAGUUCCGCGGUGCCGGGGUCGACACAAGGCUGAAAAGCAGAGACAGAAAGAACUCAGACCUGGGAACAAAAUUGUAGAUUCUGGAUGGUCUCCCGGAGAAGAAACAAAGACCACAGUGGCCCGCACUGACGUGAUACUGAGAGAGCACGACCUGUAACCGAAACGCAAGAAGAAGAAAUUGCUACCAGCAACUCUCCCCUGGCUUCUGCUUCAGACGACAAAGACAUUGCUACCUCUGCUUCAAUGGAGACCAAUUACUCGGACUUGAUUUACCUCCACGGCGACCUCCAACUGAAGAUUAUCGAAGCUUGUAGCUUGCCUAACAUGGAUUUAUUCUCUGAGCAUCUCCGUCGUUGCUUCGCCGCUUGUUGCACCUGCAGAGUUUCUCCUGCAAAUGGAAACCGCAAACACAAACCUCACCGCCAAAUCAUGACCAGCGACCCUUACGUUACUGUUAUUGUAGGUGGGGUAAAGGUCGCUAGCACCAGAGUUAUUCCUAAUUCUGAAAACCCUUUUUGGAACCAAAAGUUCUACAUCCCUCUCGCUCAUCCCGUCACGCAUGUCGAGUUCCAGGUCAAGGAUAACGAUUUGUUGGGCGCUCAGCUUAUCGGAAUCGUUCUGGUUCCUGCUCAUAUUAUCUUUUCUGGAAAUUUCAUCCAAGGAUGGUUUAAGGUGAUCGGGCCCUAUGGAAAGCCUCCAAAACCUGAUUCGGCUCUUCGCCUUGAGAUGCAAUUUACGCCCGUCGAGAGUAAUCCUCUGUACCAGCAAGGCAUUGCUGCUGAUCCCCAGCAUUUGGGUGUUCGAAAUACUUACUUCCCUGUUAGGAAAGGAUGUUCAGUGACCCUCUAUGAGGACGCUCAUGUUCGGGAGAGGGAGCUUCCGGAUAUUGAAUUGGAGAAUGGGAUGGUUUUCCAACACGAAAAGUGCUGGGAAGACAUCUGCCAUGCCAUAUUGGAAGCCCAUCACUUGGUUUAUAUUGUGGGUUGGUCUAUUUAUCACAAGGUGAGGCUGGUUAGAGAACCAACACGGCCGUUACCGAACGGUGGGGAUCUGACUCUUGGUGAAUUGCUCAAGUAUAAGUCCCGAGAAGGAGUAAGGGUUUUGUUGCUGGUCUGGGAUGAUCAGACUUCCCACAACAAAUUCUUCAUCGAGACAGACCUAGUUAUAGGGUCAACGAUUGGCUCUGGUAGGGUGCGUUUUGGUCUGUAUCUACUUGAUGAUGACUCGUCUUUGGUCUCUGGUCAGGCUCUUCAAACAUCUUCUGCGUCACCUCUCAUGUCUGAGUUACUACAGUGGCACCGUCAGUUGAGACAUCCUCUUUUGGGGGACUUUAGCUAAGCUUUUUCCUUCUUU